CUGAUUAUACAACAAUGGCUAAUAAUAAUCAUGUAAAAGGAACUGAUAAAGUUUUACAAAAGCUUAAAGAGUCAGUUGAUAAUGCCAAUUAUUAUGAAGCUCAUCAAAUGUAUCGUACUGUAUGUAGACGUUAUAUUAAACAGAAAAAGUACAGUAAUGCAGUAGAACUUUUAUUUUCUGGAGCUCAAACAUUACUUAAACAUCAACAAGGUGGCAGUGGAACUGAUUUAGCAUUGUAUAUGAUUGAAGCUUACAUUGAAGAACAAUUACCUGUAACUGAUGAAUCGAGAUCUCGAAUUAUUCAAUUAUUGGAAUUAUUUCCACCUAAUGAAAUUGGUCGUAAAAAAUUUAUCGAUGCAGCAGUUAGUUGGUCUGUUAAAUUUGGCGAAAGUCGAGCAGGCGAUCCUGAAUUACACCAUUAUGUUGGUGAAUUAUUUUGGAAAGAUAAGAAUUAUUCAGAAGCUGAACCUCAUUUUUUGGCUGGCACAUCUGAAAGUAGUAAAUCAUAUGGUAAAAUGUUAGCAGAAUGGUCUGAAAAAGAUCAAUUUGACAAAUCAGGACUAUAUAUAGCACGUGCAGUACUUCAAAGUAUCAAAGAUGCAAAAAUUUCUUUUGACACAUUUAUUUCUUCCAAACAGCAACAACAGUCAAAUGAUAUAAAAACAGGAGUUGCCCAAUAUAGACCAACAAUAACGGGUGAUCCUAUUGAAAUUCCAAUUUAUUCACUACCAUUAUUAAAUUUUCUACAACUAUUAACUUUGACGGUUCAAAGAGAUGCGGCAGAUCUUUUUAUUUCUUUAAGAAAUAAAUAUAAGAGCGUUUUAUCGAUCGAUCAAUCCGACAGUACCACAACAACUCAAUGUCUUUCAAGAUCUUAUGAGUAG